UUUUACUGCAUGCCUUUGUCUGUCCUCCACUGUUGAGUGUUUCGACGCCGGGCACGCCACAUGACGUCAUCGUGGGAGUGUUCCUGCACAGGGAGAGAUGAACGCUCACCAACACAAUCCUCUCAGCGCCCACCAUGUGAUUUUUCUGAAUGUCCACGGAGACAGCUGACUAAAAGACCAAAAGCCACCCUAUAAGAUUUUCCUUUGGUGGACCCAAGAGGAGGUGGUGUUCUCUUGGAUUAUUAACCCCUGUCCUGUGUCUGCAUGUCCACACAUUGUUUGCUGAUGACCACAUCUGCAGCCACUUGGGCUCUGUGAGCCAGAAGAAGAGAGGCUGCGCUCAUGGUAAGCAAUCGUCUGUACUUAUCACUUUUAAUGUCCUAACUGCAAAUAUUUCAGCAUACUUCCUUUACUGUAAGCCAUUAUGGUUGACCUGGGCCUACAUAGAAGCUGUUGAACAUGAGAUGAAAAUAAAACGUGAGGCUGCCGGAUCAGCAGUUACAUUUACUGAUAGUGUGUUUAUUGUUUGCACCAUCCAAGCGCACUCAUUUGAAUCCUUUCUGAAAUGCAAUGCCAAAAAAAUCUUUUGUUCAACUUCAGCAUUUCAGAAACCGUUCUCACUCUAAUUUGUUUUGUUUUUAAAAAGAUUAUCUUUUUGCUGUAGGAGGUUGGUGCUGAGCCAGCCAUUGUAGAGAUUGUUUAGAGAUUUAGAUUUUUGGGAGGGAAAAGAAGUAAAACAGUGGAUGUCUGUGCACCAACCCACUUUGUUCUGUUUCUUGUGUUUUUCAUUCACUGCUGCAUGUUAUAAUCCAUUUUUGUUUCAAUCAUUUCUUUUUGUUUUUUGUGGUAGACAAGCAUGACAUUGAGCCAAGCCACUGAUGCAUGCCUACUCAAAAAGUUCAACCGGAAGGGGGGUGGGGGGGAUGUCGUCGACGCUGCGUAGCUAGUCCAGUGCACCCCCCAAGUAGCACUGGAGGCUUCUAAUGGAUCAGGGUUGUAGUGAACAGUGUGCAGAGGAAGCGGACUCAGGAGGUCGGGCAGAGCAGGAGGGCGGCAGGAGGGCGUCAGAGUCGGAGCAUGGUUUGUCCAAAAUCACCCACAACGCCCUGGAGAACAUGGGAGCGUUGGGCCAUGGCCUGAAGCAGCUCUUCCAGCCGCAGCGCAGACGCUCCUCUGUGUCCCCGCAUGACACAACCGCGUCCUGCGCCAGCGGCGCCCCUCCUCCCGAACCCACUGCCGAGACCAUCACAGAAGGCGGGGACAGUUGGGCCCCCUCGGCACUGUCCGCGGACUCUGACGGACCUGCCGCUUCCGCCCCUCCCGCAGCUCUGAGUCGCGUCCUGCAGCAGAUCCGCGGUGCUCCGCCAAUGAUGAAGCGAGGCACUAGCUUGCAGAGCCGCCGCAGCAAGGUGGCGAUCACCGGGGAUGCCCCUCAGAAAGGUAGCCCCCAGAUACACCGGCGCAGUGCCCACGAGGCCCUGCUGCAGGCUGGGCGCCCUCGCUCCUCCUCCACCACGGACACGCCCACCAGCCCCUCCCUGGCAGACAUGCUGCUCACAUCUGGCUACCAUUCCACUGAGGAGCCUGACAAGCUGGAUCGUUACGACGGAUCGGGCCCUGCUGUCUCGCCCAACACCAUCUCCAGCGGCUAUGACGGCUAUGAGGUGGUCGACAGCACACCGGACCCCCAGCGCACGAAGCAGGCCAUCGCACAUCUCCAGCAGAAGAUCCUCAAACUCACGGAGCAAAUCAAAAUCGAACAGACGGCGCGUGACGACAACGUGGCCGAAUACCUGAAGCUGGCCAACAACGCGGACAAGCUGCAGAGCGUGCGGAUCAAGCAGGUGUUUGAGAAGAAGAACCAAAAGUCCUCGCAGACCAUCCAGCACCUGCAGAAGAAACUGGAGAACUAUCACCGCAAGCUUUGCGAGGUGGAGCACAACGGCAUCCCGCGUCAGCCCAAAGAUGUUUUGCGAGACAUGCACCAGGGCCUCAAAGGUGUUGGCGCCAAGGUGACCGGCGGCCUCUCCACCAUUUCCCAAGCCACUCAUUCAGCAGCUGGAGCUGUGGCGUCCAAGCCCAGAGAAUUUGCGUUUCUCAUCCGCAACAAGUUUGGCAGUGCCGACAACAUCGCGGCGCUAAAAGACUCUCUGGACGAGACCCAAGAGGACGAAGGAGGGGUCGGCCCUGGGGGGAUAAGGACCCUCCCUACGGGGCAGAUGCAGUCCAGUCCAAAGUACGGCAGUGAGGACGACUGUUCCAGUGCUACCUCUGGUUCCGCAGGACCCAACAGCACCACGGGAUGUCUGGGGGGGCCCCCAAGCUCCAGGGGGAACACGCUUGAUCCUUCGCAAGCAUCAGGCUUUGAGGCUCUACUCCACGAGCUCCAAGAGCUGCGGGACAACCAGGGACGACUCGAGGAGUCCUUUGAGACUUUAAAGUCUCACUAUCAGCGGGACUACACAAUGAUCAUGGAGGCUUUGCAGGAGGAGCGAUUCAGGUGUGAACGUUUGGAAGAGCAGCUCAACGACCUUACAGAGCUGCACCAGAAUGAAAUACUCAACUUGAAACAGGAACUAGCCAGCAUGGAGGAGAAGAUCGCUUACCAGUCUUAUGAGCGAGCCAGAGACAUUCAGGAGGCGCUGGAGGCGUGUCAGACCCGCAUCUCCAAGAUGGAGCUGCAGCUGCAGCAGCAGCAGCAGCAGGUGGUGCAGCUGGAGGGUCUGGAGAACGCCACGGCGCGAACACUUCUGGGCAAACUGAUCAACGUGCUCCUGGCCGUCAUGGCCGUCCUCCUGGUGUUCGUAUCCACGGUGGCCAACUGCGUGGUGCCCCUGAUGAAGACGCGCAGCCGCACGCUUUCCACGCUGCUGCUCGUCGUCCUCACGGCCUUCCUCUGGAGGCACUGGCACCCCUUCUCCGAGUACCUGCAUCGCUUCCUGCUGCGCCCCACGUGACCUGACGACGGCGCCAUUCUUAAUUCCAAUCAAGGAGGUCGCGACGCCACCUGUCCACGGCCAUCGCUGCAUCACCCAAGAGGGACAAGAUGGCCGCUCCUUUGUUGCAAUGGUGGCUUUGAGAGAACUGCACAUUUGAUUUCUCUCUCCUGAGUGAAUUUGUUUACACGUUUGCGUCACCCUCCUUUGCAUUUGUAUCGCUUUUAAUUCCAACGUGUAUUUAUUUGUUUUUAACGCUCACCUGCUGAUCACUUAUAAUUAUUUAUGGACAUUUGUUUUCCCCCCUAAUGUCAGCUUUAAUGACCAACUCAUCCUCCAUUAAGACUCCAUUCAUGGCUCUGGAUCAAAUAUUAUAAAGGGUUUUCUCCCGGAGGCUGGAUGAAAGUGUGCUUCCCACUUUCCAGCCAACCGGAACGUUCCACUUCUGAGGAAGAUGACCUUUGAACUCAACUAACAUACUUGAAGAGCAGUUUCAGUGCUCAAAGACUCAGUGCUUCCGUACUGUUAGUGACAAUGAAAUAGUCAUGAAUCUUUUUUUUUUUUUAUGACAAAUAAAUUCCCUGUUUUAAAAGGUG